AAAAAGUUCCAACGAGCAAAAGCACUCCAAAAAAAAUCCUGGGCCGCACUUGUGAUCGCCAUCACUGGGCUGCCACAAGAGAAACACCAACAUGCAGCAAACAACUUUUGUCUAAAUUUCAACGUCGUGGUAGACGGGGACUUUGAGGAGCGUGCGUUUUCUCUAGCCAGACCUCAGUAUGGCUUCCACAAAGCGCAAAUUGGCGAACGAGCCAGCGACGAGUUCACCAGCAAACAAACGAUCAAAAUCAGAUGCAAAGUCUCAGACCAAUACUGCUGCACCCGAACUAAAUAAGAGUCAAAAGCCGAAGCCUGCGUCGAUACUCACAAAGGAACAACCAGCAUUUCCUAGAGGCGGUGCUAGCCUGCUCACUCCGCUUGAACGCAAACAAAUACAAGUCAAGGCCUCACAAGACGUUGCAAGAGAACGGAAGCAGCAGCAGGACCUCUUCGGGUCCGGUCGCACACAACCAGAGGAUACUAGCGAUGAGGGGGAGACUGGCGAACCACAGAAAGCGGCAAAGCAGGUCAAGAAGAAAUCUCAAAAAACCAAAGAGCGGCCUGAAAUCUCUACUUCACACACUCCCGAAGUCCAGAUCGGAGGUCUCAAUUACAAACGCAUCACAAGCGGCUCUCUCAUACUCGGUCAGGUCACGUCGAUAAGUAGCCGGGUGCUAACUGUGGCUUUGCCGGACAAUCUGGUUGGUUACGUCCCAUUGACUGCGGUUUCACCACAAUUGAGCGAGAAGAUACAAGCACUGCUGAAUGACGAUGACGACAACAAAUCCGUUAACGAGGAGGAAGAGGAGGACCAAGACAUUUCUCUUACACAGUACUGCCGAGUGGGACAAUAUCUUCGAGUUGCGGUUACCUCUACAGAGCAGGAGAAGGCAGGAGGGAAAGCAUCUGCGCGGAAACGCAUCGAACUGUCCACUGAGCCAGCGCUGACCAAUGUCGGGAUUGAUCGAGGAAAUCUCGCCGUCGGUGCCACCGUCCAAGUGUCUGUAAGCAGCGUCGAGGACCAUGGCCUGGUUGUCGACCUGGCAUUGGAGGAGGGAAACGUCCGGGGUUUCAUAUCGAAGAAGCAUCUACCCAAUGGUCUAUCUCUUUCCGAUCUCCGGACGGGCGCCGUUUUGUUGUGCAGCGUCUUGGAGGUUGGCUCCAACGGCAAAGUAGUGAAGCUGACGGCAGACUUGUCGAAAGAUACGGCCCUCAAGACAGCGCCAUCCAUCGACACAUUCCUCCCUGGUACUAAAGCCGAAAUUCUGUUGACCAGCCGAACUGAUGCUGGUCUUUCGGGGAAAAUCAUGGGUCUUCUAGAUGUAACCGCUGACGUGGUACAUUCGGGCUCUUUCAAAGACAAGGAAGCCUUCCUGGCCAAAUUUGAAGCUGGAAAGAAAAUACAGGGUCGCCUGAUCUACAACUUUCCCCUCUCCGACACGAAAAAGUUGGGUUUCUCUGUCUUCGAUCAUCUUGUAACCCUGGGCAAUGAGGUUGCACAGGCACAUGGAACACUUGCCUUGUCUUCCAUCGUGGACUCUGCCCCGGUGAUCCGAGUAGAGCCUGGUCUUGGUGUCUACCUACAGCUGGAUCAAGACACAGUCGGCUUUGCACAUAUUUCUCGUCUCUCGGACAAGAAGAUUGACGCCAUUUCGGAGGUGACCGGCCCAUACAAGCUUGGUUCAGAACACAAGGCUCGACUCAUCGAAUACAACCCCGUCGAUCACCUCUAUAUUGUUUCUCUACAGCAAAAAGUCCUUGAGCAACCAUUUCUGCGAUUUGAAGACGUACCUGUGGGUGCGGUAGUGAAGGGCACCAUCGAAAGGCUCAUCAUUGGCUCCAACGGGGUGUCAGGUCUGCUAAUCAACCUGGCAGAAGGUGUGACCGGCUUUGUUCCACAGAUCCACAUGUCGGAUAUCGACCUGAAAAAUCCUGAAAAGAAGUUCAGAGAGGGGCAGGCUGUGGCCGUAAGAGUCGUAUCCGCGGACCCAGUCAGGCGCCGCUUGAAGUUGACACUCAAAAAAUCCAUCGUUAACAGCGAUCAAAAGCCUUGGUUACGAUACGAGGAUAUCGAAGUUGGUAACUCUACUGUCGGCAUGUUGGCCAAGGUUGAUCGCCACGGCGCCGUUGUUCGAUUCUUCGGUCCUGUACGAGGCUUUCUUCCAGUAUCUGAAAUGAGCGAGGCAUACAUCAAGGACGCCACUGAACAUUUUCGGGUGGGGCGGGUUUUGACUGUGAAUGCAAUCAGCGUCAAUGCCGCUGACCGCCGCCUUACAGUGUCGUGCAGGGACGUCAAUGCCUCCAAUCAGUCAAUUGAGAGCUCUCUUGCAAGGUUGCAGCCUGGAUCUAUCACAAAAGGAACUGUUUUUGAGAAAUCCGAUAACGACAUUCUGCUGCGCCUGGAAGGCUCUGAUGCCAUUGCGCGGCUUACUCGUGACCAUAUCUCCGAUGGUUCGUCAGAAAAACGUAAAUCUCGAUUCGCCAAAAUACGAGUAGGCCAGAAGCUGGAAGACCUUGUCAUUCUACAGGUUCAGGCCAAGAAGAGGCUCGUUGUGGUCACAAACAAACAAAGUCUGCUGAAAGCGGCUCAAGAUGGCUCUCUUCUCAAGAGUUACGAACAGGUGCAACCAGAUGCGCUCAUCACCGGCUACGUUUCCAACAUUACAGAUGAUGGCGUGUUCGUCAGUUUCGCCGCCGGCAUCAGUGGACUGAUCCCGAAGAAUCAAGUUCCUGUCGAACAUGAAGACGAAUCUGUCGAUCCGAAAAUUGAAACCGGCUUUGGGUUGUCGAAGUUCCAAUCAGUCACCACCAGGGUCUUGUCCAUUGACUACAAGGGUGCCACUCCACGAUUCUGGUUGACCAUGCGAGACAGAGUCGUUGAUGGACCGUCGAAAGUAGCCCCUGCAGUCUCCAACGAGCCAUUACCGGAACUCGUAGAGCCUGUCGAUACCAGCCUGAAGCGGCUGGACGAUCUAAUGGUAGGCAGGAUCACCAAAGCUCGAGUCACUUCGGUCAAGGAGACUCAAAUCAACGUAGAGCUGGCCAAGAAUGUUCAGGGCCGCAUAGAUGUUUCCGAAGUCUUUGACGAGUGGAAGGAUAUCAAAGACCGCAAGAACUCACUCAAGCAAUUCACCACCAAGCAAGAACUUACCGUCAAAGUGCUUGGAGCACACGACACCCGAAAUCACCGAUUCCUGCCUCUGAGUCAUCGGCAGGGAAAGAACACAGUGCUUGAGUUGUCAUGCAAACCUAGUUCGGUGGCAGAUCCCAGCAGAUCCAGUCUGAGCUUGAAAGAUCUAUCGGUCGGCUCAUCCUGCCUAGCCUUUGUCAACAAUAUCGCCGAAGACUGCUUAUGGGUCAAUAUAUCCCCAGCUGCACGCGGACGCAUCAGGGCAACCGAUGUCUCUGAUGAUCUAUCUCUCGCAGCCAACCUGGAGGCAAACUUCCCCAUCGGCUCUGCUCUACGUGUUCACGUCGUCUCAGUCGACCCGGAGAAGAAUCGCCUGGAUCUUACGGCGAGAUCAGACGCCUCAGUCGGAUCUCUUACACUCAACAACAUGACCAAAGGACUCAUCCUGCCUGGGAGAGUGACGAAAGUCUCCGAUCACAAUAUUGUUGUUCAACUCAGCGAGCAACUGGUUGGGGUUGUCGAGCUCAUUGACAUGGAGGAUAACUACGACGAAGUGAAUCCUGCCAAGUACCAGAAGAACGAUGUCAUUCGAGUCUGCGUGCUCAACGUCGACGUGCCGAACAAAAAGGUGACCUUGUCCGCACGUCGGUCGAAGGUCCUAAGUUCAUCGUCCGAGGUUCGAGACCGAGAAUUUACCUCUUCAACCCAGUUGGCUGUCAAUGACAAAGUACGAGGAUUCAUCUCCAACGUCGCAGACAAAGGUGUUUUCGUGACACUAGGACACGGUGUCACAGCAUUUGUGAGGGUCGGAAAUCUGUCGGACAGCUACUUGAAAGACUGGAAGGAUCACUUUCAGCGAGAUCAAUUGGUAGAAGGACGAAUCACUUUGGUUGACGAAGCGUCUGGCCAUGUCCAAAUGAGCUUGAAACGAUCGACGCUAGACCCCAACUACAAGGCACCGCUCACAUUCACUGACCUGCAUGUUGGGGACGUUGUCACUGCCAAGGUCGUCAAGGUCGAGUCUUUUGGUGUUUUCAUCUUGGUGGACGAUUCCGAGAACGUACGUGGACUGUGUCACCGCAGUGAAAUAGCAGAGCAACGGAUCGAAGAUGCCAGCAAGCUUUUCAGUGAAGGUGAUGCCGUAAAGGCGAAGGUUCUGAAGAUCGAUCCGGCCCAACGCAGAGUCAACUUUGGCAUGAAAGCAUCCUACUUUGCCGAUGCUUCUGAGGAGGAAAUUGAUGACGAAGACUCCGACGAAGAUGGUGUCGACCUCGACCAAGCAAUGGAUGACCUUGUCGACGAAGACGAUGAAGAAAGCCAAGACGAGGAUGAGGAUCUUGAGGACCUCAACAACGAAGACGAAGACCAAGACGAGGCUGAUGACUCUGACGACGAAGCUGCCCCUAGCCUUGCCGGACCUUCAGGUCUCAGCGCCGGUGGCUUCGAUUGGACCGGAUCUGCAAGCGUUCAAUCGAACAAACGUGCCGCCGAUGCCAAUGAUUCAGACGAUGAGAAACCAGACAAAGCAUUGAAGAAAAAGAAGAAGCGGGCCGCAGUCCAAGUCGACCGUACUGCAGACUUGGAUACCGAUGGACCACAAUCCGUGGAUGAUUUUGAACGAUAUCUCCUGACUGAGCCUGACUCGGGCGCUCUAUGGGUGCAGUAUAUGGCGUUCCACGCCAACCUGGGCGACCUCGAUCAAGCGCGCUCCAUCGGAGAACGAGCAUUGAAGUCUAUCGGACUGGGCCAGGAGGCCGAGAAACAGAUCGUGUGGACGGCAUUGCUUAACCUGGAGGCUGCUCAUGGUGACGACGAGACCAUUGAAGCCAUGUUUCGCCGGGCUUGCGAGUACAACGACGCGCUUGAGAUGUACAGCCGAUUGAUCAGCGCCUUCAUUUCUUUGGGCAAGCACUCCAAGGCAGAUGACAAGUUUACGGCAAUGAUCAAGAAAUUUGGCGCCCAAGACCCGAAAGUGUGGGUAAACUACGCCACGUUCUUGUUUGACAACAUGCGCGACCGACCGCGUGCAAGGGCUUUGCUGACGAGUGCGGUUCGGGUGUUGCCCAAACACACGCACUUCGAUGUCACAUUGAAGUUCGCAUUGCUGGAGUUUAGGUCUGGCGAGCCGGAACGCGGGCGGACCAUCUUCGAGGGAUUGAUUGCCUCGUAUCCUAGGCGUCUGGAUCUGUUUGAUGUGAGGCUCGACGUGGAGGAGAAUGGGUGUGAUGAUGAUGACCCCCAAAAGGAGGAGGUGAGAAGAGUCUAUGAGCGGGUUUUGGAGAUGAGGUUGAAACCGAAGAAAGCCAAUCACUUCUUCAAGCGAUGGCUCAGGUUUGAGGAAAAGCACGGUGAUGAGAGGAAGGUUGAAGAGGUUAAGGCCCGCGCCGCGGAGUGGGCGAGGAAUGCCCGAGAGCAGGUUGAGGCGUAAGAGUCAUGUGAAGAGAGUAGUUCUUCCAUUUUUCCUUACCCGAUGUAGACUUACUUGAUGCCUCAAGAUAUGGUGGGGUUGGCAUCUUUGGUAGAGUCACAUCAUCUACCUAGCUAUCUACUGUGAACAGUGAAACAGUAUGAGUACAAGGCUGAAAGGCUAAUCUUGGUUCCUGUUGUGCGGAUACAUUCUCCAUAUCUGGUCAAGCGAGAACAUGCACGGCACCAUCGAUCCGGAAAAGAUCAAUCCAUCUAUUCGGCACAAGCAGGGGGCCCUGCAGCCUUUGCGCAUCAUCAAUAAUCAAUCACAGUAACCUGCUAUGGUUAUUUUGCUGCUGGUGUCUCGGGCUGGUGCUGUCUUCUGAUAACUUGGCUUGCGUUCCAUGCUAUCAAGGUAUUUCUUUUCUCUUGCGUGGGAUCCGGCACAGCAUUACGGAGUACAGCUGAAACUGUUACAUGAAAGUUACGUGGAUUUUCUAGAA